UAUUUACAGUGUGUUGAAACAACCCAGCACAGGCCGAUUCAAAUCUAAAACUUGAGUUUGGUCAUAUUUUACCCAACCAUGGGUUGAAAAAUCAGCAUUUUUAGAGUGUAGAAAAAUAAAUAAAUGCUCACAACAUCAUAAUAAUGAUUCCAUAAUAGACGUAUAAACAUCCAAGGUCUUUAAUAAACUAUACUACUCAUCGUAAAUGCAGCAUCCAAUUAAUGAACAGCCCAAAGGCUGGUGACCUUUUCAUGCUUGGUAUUCCUCAGUGACCCCUGCAGUGUAACAAGAGCUCAGUCCAACUUUACCUGAUCCACAACUGCAGUGACACGACAAAACGCUGGCGUACACCUGCUCAGGUGUCAUUUAGUGCUGGAGAGCAGGUGUGGCAGGAGGAGCACAGAAAUAAGAUCACUCAAAGGACGGAUCUUAGUCCAAUAACCAGUUUUCAUUUAACAAGCCUCUUAACAGGCAUUUUUGGGAGAGUUACUUGGGAAUAUACAGACAAACUCUGGAUUCAUUAGCUCCCUAAGUGUUUGGUCUCAUGGCCAUCACAUUGGACUGAUUCAUCUCAGAUGGAGAAAAGAUGAGAGGAGAGUUAUGGCUUCUUCCCAAACAUCAGGAGAGAGAGAGGGAGAAAGACAAGAGGAUAAGAAUCCAGCACUGGACAGACCUGAGUCCGGUGUUCUUGAAGUGGUGUCUGUUACGGACGAGGACCUUCCUGUCAUCGAGACCCCUACUACUUUUAACGUGAGUUCCUUCAGCAGCCAACACAGUCGUUCCAUUCACUUCUAUGACCCGGCGACGCAGGACCCUCACGUGCCCGUUGAGUUGCCCACCGAGGCGUCUGCCCCACUGCCGGUGUAUAAAACAUAUAACAUACAGAUCCCACCAAGCCCAGGUGUGCCCAUCAUCAAGGUCCAACCUUUUCUUUCAGGAGGGGAACUAUCAGGCUUUAAAUCUCUUUGUUGGCCGUACGUGUCUCGCAGAUUGCUGGCACUGCUCAUAACCUUAGGUUUGCUAAUAGCGCUGACUCUGGUCCUGGGAAUCGGUUUAGGAGUGGGGCUGCAGAGUUGUUCUGGAAAGUUUCGCUGCGUGUCGCCUGCUCGGUGUAUCAGCAGAACGGCUGUGUGUGAUGGAGUUAAAGACUGUGGAGAUGGAGAAGAUGAACUCAAUUGUGUGCGUGUGAGUGGCAGGAGUUCAGUGUUGCAGGUGUACAGUAGAGGAUUAUGGAGGACUGUAUGUUUUGAGGGCUGGGAUUCAAACCUGGGUUCCUUAGCCUGCAGACAACUGGGAUACAACAGCUAUGUGAGCUCUGAGGGCAUUCCUAUCUCCUCCAUUGAAGAUAUCUUCCAGAGAAACCUAGUGGCUCUUAAUAUCAGCCAACCAGGCCAUCAAGAAACCUUCAAGAUCCACAACUCUUCAUAUGUUAGAAAGACUCGAUGCAGUUCAGGCACAGUAGCUGUUCUCAAAUGUAUAGAGUGCGGCUCCAGGCCGGCGGUCAGGAGUCGAAUUGUAGGGGGAAACAUUUCGAGCCUUGGACAGGUGCCAUGGCAGGUCAGCUUAUAUUACCAGAACCAGCAUAUCUGUGGAGGAUCAAUCAUAAGUGACAGCUGGAUACUUACUGCUGCUCACUGUGUGUACGGUUUUUCUCAGCCCGCGUUAUGGGCAGUGCAUGCUGGGAUAUUAGAUCAACCGGUGAGUGGAUUGGGAGCUGCGUCUGUGGAGAAAAUCAUCUACAAUGCCAACUACCAGCGAGAGAGACUUAGUUACGACAUUGCGCUCAUAAAGCUAAAGGUGCCUCUGUCCUUCAAUGACUCAGAUCAGCUGGCUCCCAUUUGUUUGCCGAGUUAUGGCGAGACCUUUGAGACAGGACAGAUGUGUGUGAUCUCAGGCUGGGGAGCCACAACGGAUGGUGGAGAAUCCAGUAUAUCGCUACAGAUGGCUCAGGUGCCUUUACUCUCCAAACAUAAAUGCCGCAGGCCCGGUCUCACAUCGUGGAACAUCUGCGCAGGAUAUUUGCAGGGUGGCGCUGGUACAUGUCAGGGGGACAGCGGAGGGCCGCUGGCGUGCCGGCGGUCUGUGUGGACGUUGGUGGGAGCAGCCAGCAAUGCUCAGAGCUGCGGACAGAAAAACAAACCGGGCGUUUACACGAGCAUAACUCACAGUCUCACGUGGAUUCAUCAACAGAUGGAGAAAGAAGAGGAUCUUUAAGGAUGGUUAUCCUGGGACAUUUUGAACAUCUUGCUCAGCAGCCACGUGUAUUAUACAAAAAAAGGGAAAUUACAGUAUGUCGCAAUUAUCGGACACGAUCCAUAUGUUAUGGAGAGAUUCAGAUACACUGUAGGAGCUGAAAUGCAUAUACAACGGGUUAAAUAAGUAUUGUCACCUUUUUAUUUUUAGUAAAUAUAUUUCUAUUGACAUGAACAUUUCAACAGGUGAUGGUAACAACCCAUGCAAUCCACACAUGCAAAAAAACAGAUGUCUAUAAAUUAAGUUAUGGGUAAUGAUGUAAAAUGACACAGACAAUAGUAUUGGACCCCUGAAGAAAAGGAGGUGCAAAAAGGCAAGGAAAGCCAAGACGGUCAGUAAUGAGAAAAGCAAUCCUGCUGAAUAAUUUUAAAUGUUUUAAAAAUAUAUUACAGAAUUUAAGCUGUAAAUAUUACAAAAUUGCAAGUUUUACAAUAAAAAUAAAAACACCAAACCAAGUCCUCUAAAUUAAAAUGGACCAACAUGAACUAGAUAAAGCACAUGCCAAGAUAGAAUUAUAUUUUGUAUAUAUAUUACAUAUAUUAUUGUUGUAGAAAAAAACUAGUGUUAAUAUACAUUCUCAUUAUAAUUUAGCACUUAUCAAGAUAAUUUAAUAAUUUUUACAACGCAAUGUAAAUAUAACUUUUUAUUAAACCUAACAAGAGUGCUGACUUUCGCGUCAUUUAGUCAGAGUCAAUUGAGAUCUCAAAUAUCAAAUGGUUCAUGCUCUUCUUCAUUAAUAAAUGGUCACAGCAAACAGCAUGCCAAUUGAAAAUCUAUGGAAAGAAUUUAAAGACUGUUUGUGUAAAAUAAUGGGUCAAAAUCACACCGUCUGUAGUGAUAUACAGGACGCAUCUUGAAGCUUUCAUUACCAACAAAGGCUUUUGUAAUAAUUUCGGUAUGAGUGUUCAUAUGAUUACACAUAACUUACAUCUAUGGUUUGAUUUCUUUGAAUCGGUGGAUCGUAUGGGUUGUUACCACCAACAUCUGGUGAAAAUUUCAUAUCAGUAGCACCUUUAGGAAUAUGUUAACUAAGAAAAACUGUAAUGUGUUCAAUACUUCCCAUACGGCAAAAAAAUAAAAAAAUUAAAUAUAUGCUUAAUACAUUUUGUAUAAUGUUAUGCUCAAUUGAAUAUAUUUUCUAAUUUGGAAAUAUAUUUUGUUUAAACCUUCAUAUAUCAAUAUAUAUUUCAAGCAAACACAUUUCUAA